AUGACCGCGGGAGAGGCUGCUCCUGCUCCUGCUCCUGCCGCAGGAGGAAGCGGCUUGGGGCCGGGGACUGGCAAAGGGUCGUUCCUGCCGCCGCUGUACCUGCCAUGGGUGCCCGCUGCCGUCAUGGUCGUGGUCGUUGUUGCCUUUUUCACGCAUCGACGGAGGAGCAUAAGGAGCCCACAUAAUCUCGGGUUGGCUGGUCAAAAGAGCGAGAGCUUGCUGCCGUCCUUUCUCUCCUCCUUUUCCAACAGUGGCAGCAACCGUCCAAGGCGCCAUCCACGCCGACCAUCAUCGUCAUCCUGCAUCUCAUCACUAGUAGCAGCCGUUGCGUACUUUGCAGCCACUGCAGCCAUAGUCGUCCUCGUCCUCGCAGCCAUGCACUCGCUGCGUCAGUUUGCGGCACACGCUGCGGUUGCGUCGUCUGUCGCCGGCGGCCUCGCCUUUGGAGCGCCGGCCCCGGCAUCCUGGUCAGGCUCGGUUCCCAAGGCGUCGACCUGCGACGCUACGAGUCAAUGGCCUGGCUGGAAAGGCAUCCAAUAUGCUUUUAUCUUUGGCGACAGCUACACGCAGACCGGCUUCAACUAUUCCAUCACGCCCACGCCGUCCAUUGACAAUCCGCUGGGGAACCCGCCGUACCCGGGAUGGACGUCGUCUAAUGGACCCAACUGGGUCGGCUUUCUCUCCACCAAGUACAACGCCUCGCGGCUGCGGACGUACAACCUGGCGUAUGGUGGUGCGACUGUGGACAGCGACAUUGUCCAGCCCUACAGGCCCACUGUCUUGUCCAUGAAGGACCAGGUCCACAGCGAGUUCCUGCCCGGCUACACCAACCAUGGCAACAGCGACACGGACGUCAGCGAGACCCAUCCGUCGGCACCCGACGCACCCGCGUGGCAGGGUAACGAUACUGUGUUUGCCAUCUGGAUCGGCAUCAACGACGUCGGCAACUCGUACCACCACGGCGUCGACGGCGUUAACGGCACGACAGAGAUCAACAGGCGCAUCUUUGAAGUGUACGGCGACAUGGUCGGGAUGCUCUACAAUGCGGGCGGCCGCAACUUUGUGUUCCUGACGGUCCCGCCUGUCGACCGCAGUCCGCUCACAACGGCCGGCGGCGACGCUGCUGCCCAGGCCCUCGAAAAGGCCGACAUUGCCGCCUUCAACAGCCUGCUGAAAGACGGCCUCGCCGCCGACCUCAAGUCGCAGCAUGCCGACCACGCCAAUGUCUGGGUGGUGGACACGGGCCUGGUCUUCAAUGCGGCCAUGGACGACCCGGCCUCGUUCCCGCAGACGGCCGGUCUCAAGAACACGACAUCGUUUUGUGCGGCAUACGGAAAGUAG